AUGCGAUCCAAGCACGGAUCCGAGGCGACGACUAACUACGGUGAAAGCAUUACUGCGCUGAGUAUCAUCACUCUCGUUACGACACCCGCAGAAAAGCUCCUCGCCGUUUUACCACAGCUGGCAGCGGCCACGAGUUGCUUUCAACGCAUUCACGAGUAUAUCACAUCUGACCCAGUCAAGGACGGUAGAUUAGGACAUAAUAAAGCCCUAAUGUUGAAUUCGGCGAUCUCUCCAGCCAACGCAGAUGAAAAAGAAUUCGCACCGCGAACUGACGAUGAAGAGCAAGGUGUUGCCAUCAAAUUGGACAAUGUCACAGUGCUACCCUCACCAAAGGCAAUACCUGUCGCCCUGAAGAAUGUGUCCUUCAAAGUAACGAGGGGUAAUCUGCUAGCAGUAACAGGUUCAGUCGGUUCAGGCAAGACAACUCUACUCAAGACAAUCCUAGGAGAACUUGGCUGUCAGUCAGGGACUGUCUGUGUGCAAUCGAAGCGCAUCUCCUUGUACAGUCAGGACCCCUGGUUGCUGAAUACAAAAAUCAAGAAGAGCAUAACUGGCCUUGCAAAUCACCAAGUGUAUGAGAAGUGGUACGAAGCCGUCAUACGUUCAUGUUGUUUAGAUCGCCAGGAUAUAGCUUUGCUAGAUGACAUUUUAUCCGCCUUGGACAUGCAGACUCGGGAGAUGAUCAUUGCACGACUCCUUUCAGAUGACGGAAUAUUUCGUCAACUGGGAACAACAGUGGUCCUGACAACCCACAACCCUCUCCUGCCUACUUCUAUGCUUUGUCCAAGAUUUUUAACCCUUGAUAUAUUUCUAGCCCAACUGCUUAAGGUGGCAGACAGCGUAAUCUCACUUAGUGCAGAUGGGCAGGUCGAGCUUCAGACAACGGGUAGGGAUGCCAUUCCAUAUGCAGCUAUACCUCAUGGAAGAGAAGAUACGGAUGCCAGAGAGGGCGGCCUCAAUGAAAAGACCUGGGAUAAGGCAGCCGACUCGUCAGACGACCCGGUGAAUGAGGUGAAAGAUGAGGACCGAGCCAGGCAAAUCGGAGAUUUAUCGGUGUACUACUACUACGCACGAAUUGUUGGUCCAUUCCUCUGUACCAUGUUCCUCCUUGCCCAUGCCUUUUUAGCUUUCGCCGAGAACUUUCCGCGAGUAUGGCUAAGCAAGUGGACUGAGGCAGGAGGCGGCCAACUUUCGCUAUACCUAUCCGUCUAUAUUACUUUGGCACUGGCCGCAUCGAUGCUCGUCUUGGGCUGUAUCUGGAUUAUCUUCCUCGAACUGAUGCCGAAGUCGGCCAUCCGUUUGCAUUGGCGCCUGCUGAACGCCGUCAUUCGAGCACCUCUGUCCUUCUUCUCCACGACCGAUAGUGGUAUGACACUCAACCGUUUCAGUCAGGAUAUGACCUUGGUAGAUCUGGCGUUGCCUAUAUCUCUAAUGUCUUUGGGGCAGUCGUUUUUCGAAUGCAUCGCCACUGUAGGCUUGAUCGCGACAGGCUCAGCAUACAUGGCACUAGCCCUACUAUCGCUCUUCAUCACAUCUUGGACUACCUUUGAAACCUCCCUCGGAGUAAUCGCCCGCGUUAAGUCCUUUGUAGAGACCACCCCGUCUGAGUUUCGGGAUGGUGAAAUUCCAGAAUCACCGGUGUCCUGGCCUGAGGAGGGAGCAAUCCACAUCCAGGGUCUCUCUCUUUCCUACCCCAAUGGUACGCCAGUGUUGCAUGACAUUUCGAUCUGCAUCGAACCAGGGGAGAGAAUUGGUAUCUGUGGCCGUACAGGCAGUGGUAAAAGCUCUCUCAUACUCUCCUUACUCCGCCUUAUAAACCCAUCCCACGGCUCAAUCACCAUUGACGGAAUCAAUAUUGAAAGUAUCUCCCCAUCAGCAAUCCGCGAAGCGCUAAUAACCGUCCCACAAGAUCCAUUCACAUUCCUGGGCACCAUGCGGUACAACGCAGACAUCAUGGGCGCUUCCAACGACGAAGAAAUCAUAUCUGCAUUGAAGCAAGUUGGCAUUUGGGAAGCCAUUGAAAGUCGAGGAGGAGAACAGCAUUUAUUCUGCUUAGCACGAGCCAUUCUCAAGAAACGAACCCGGCAAGGUGAAUGUCAGGUCUUAAAGGAUGCUUUUGAAGGCUGUACGGUUGUCAGUGUAGCUCAUAGGCUGGACACAAUCAUCAAUUUCGACAGAAUUGCCGUCCUAGACGCGGGACACCUGGUUGAAUUCGACACCCCACAGCGCCAUCUCGCGAAAGAUGGACUUUUCUGUCGGAUGGCCUCAGCAUUUAAGGAACAGGGACCAAUCCAACUUUAUUGGGGUUAUCUAUGCAAGGCCAAGCAAAGCUUGUAUGUAUCAGUUCCAGACUUCUCGGGCCAAAUAUGA